AUUUAAUUGAGCGCAGCACAGAAAACACUCAACAAGCCUUGAUCAUUGAGGACUGGUGCGGCCAGCCUUUCACAUCGCAAGAGAGGCAGAGAUAAUAAAGGUGAUUUGAACAGCCGAAAAUGAGCGCACCGGAACCGGAAAAGCAAGAAGCCCCUGAAUGGAUGAACGAGCAGUUCUUCCAGGAGGUGCUGGAGCGCGACUACCCUGGCAUCAAAGUGACCUCGGCACGCACGGAGCCGGCGGUGGCCGUCGGCGAAAAUUACGCGUGCAUCGUGCAUAGGGCCUUCGUGAGUCGCUCCGACGGCCCCGACGUGCAUCUCAUCAUUAAAAGUUUGCCGACCUCCGAGUUCCGCGCCCAGAUGGUCCGAGACGGCGAAAUUACCCUGCGCGAGGUGCGCAUGUACAAGGAAACCCUCAAAUUGCUCGGCGACCCGUGCACACAUCCUCCUUGCCAUUUCGCAGAGCUCGAUGAUGUUAGAGACGCAGUCGUGCUCGCCGACCUGCGACCUUUAGGGUACAAGACGAGGGACCGCAAACUCGGACUUGACCUGCCGCACUGUAAACUGGUCAUGGAGCAGAUUGGCAGGCUGCAUGGCGCUGGCAUAGCCAUGAGGAUAAACGAUCCAGAGAAAUUUGAUAGAGAGAUCACAGUUAAGUACCCUGACACAAUGUUCAGCGAGUUAAACCGCGUGAAAAUGACUCCGUGGAUAGGUAUGACCAUGGGUGCGCUGGCUGACGCAAUUGAGUUCAACAUGCCACUGCGAUUCCAUUCUCUUGCGAAGAUUACAAGAGAACUUGGCGAAUGUUACUUUGACAUCAUGCAAGAGGCCCUGACUCUUCCUGAAGACCCAGAGAAGCGCGACAAUUUGGUGUUCACACUCAACCACGGCGACACUUGGAGCAACAACAUCCUCUUUAAAUAUGUUGAUGGAGAACCCGAUCCACAAGACUGUGUUUUGAUUGACUUCCAGUUGAGCCGAGCAGUGCCAGCAGUCAUUGAUCUGCUAUACUUUUUCUACUCGAGCACCAACCAAGAUUUGCGCAAACAAUUCACUGACGAGCUUUUGAAAAUUUAUUGGGACGCAGCGCUAAAGGUGUUAAAUGAGAGAGGCAUCACCUAUCCAGGAAGGUAUUUCUACGACUCAGUGGCGGAUAUUAAAAAGGAUUUGAAGAAAUUUGCACUAAUCGGCUACAUGUUGGGAUGUCUCAUUAUGCCGAUAGUGAUUGCAAAUGCAGACGAUGCACCCGAUUUAGACUCAAUAACAGAGGAAAGCUUGGCUCAAAUGGAGGCAUCGCCCUUCCUGAAAAUGUAUUCAGGGCCCUUAUUUUGCAGAAGGUUUAGGGAAAUUUUGGAGGACUGCGAUGACUUUGGUGCAUUUAAAGAGGGCACUUGGAAAAAAUACACAAAAACAGAAGUGAAACCUGAAUAAAUUCUUUUAUAUUAAUAGCCUGCACGCUUAUUCAGUAUCUUAAUCAAACUGUUUAUAUCAUUGCUUGCAAAUUAAUUUCUUUAAAAAUUUAUAUUUUUAUUGAUAAUAUUAUGAAAAAUAAAAAAUCCACCACAAUCAAAUAAUUUUUUUUAU